UUACUCUUUUUCUCUUAUCAUUUCUAUCUCACUUACUCGCUCGCACCCACGCGUUCAAAGUAUGGAAACCGAGUGAGAGAACGACGACGAAUAUACUAGUAGACUACUACACUACCUACUACUACUACUACUACUACUACUAAUACUACUACUACUACUGGCAGCAGCACGAUAUCGAUGUUCUUCUACCUCGACGACGAGGAACACGACGAACGGCAACGAGUCGACGACUAGGAACACGACGAGACACAAGAUAUUCGCGAGGAUUCUCUCUCGUUUUGCGCUACUCAACGAGAGAGAAAACUUCUCUUCUUAGUUCUCGAGGUUUGCUUGUUUUCUUCCUCAUUAGCCUACUUUUUCCUAAUCUAUUACUCUCUCUGUCUCUCUUUUUCUUUCUAUUCUUAUCAUUCUUUGCUGUCCUCCCUCUCUUAACUUCUACUUCUUCCUCCACCACUUACUACUCCUUAUAUGCCAUUCUUAUUCUUAUUCUUCUUCCAUUUCACUUGCAAUCGCUCGCGAACUUUGCUUCAGAACUUAUUGAACGUUCGGUGAAAUUGAUUGAUUCACUUCUCUUCGUUCGUUUGUUUGUUGGUUCGUGCAUCGUAAUUAAAAUAUAAUAUUGUAGUUAAAAAAAAAAAAAAAGAAAGGUAGCGUGUUACGACGACGAGUGUUAUUUUGUUUAUUGUUAAUAUUAUAAAGCGGUAAGAAAUACGGAAGAAUCACGGAAAGGAUCAGAGAUUUUCUUGGUGAGCCGGAACUUGGUGAAGUUCCGUUGGUGAGAUUCGAUGAUCAUCGAGAAAACAUCAUGAACGGAGCAACGACCGUUGGUACUUCGGGAGAUUUGCAACAUCAGCAACAGCAAUCGCAAAACGAAACGGGUUCGGAACAUCCUCGAAGUCCUGCAAGUCCACUCAGUAUCCGUCACGAUUCAGGUGAGAGUAGUGUGAUAUCUCCUGGAUUACCGGAACGGUAUAGUCCAUUAGGAGCGACAGGAUCUACAUCCAGUCACGAUCCUUACGCCUCGAGACCAGUACAAGAAUGUCCUGUGCCACUUUGCAGAGGAAUGCCGACGGAUUUUCCUUUAGCGAGAUCACCGUAUCUUACCGCACUCGGUAACGGACAUCCACAUCUUUUAAGUCAAGUUCAACAACAACAUCAACAACAACAACAACAGCAGCAACAACAGCAACAACAACAACAACAACAGCAACAACAACAGCAACAACAAUCGCAACAUAGUAGCAAGACACCAAGAAGUCUUGGUCUCAUAUGCGUUGUCUGUGGUGAUACCAGUUCUGGUAAACAUUAUGGGAUCUUAGCGUGCAAUGGUUGCAGUGGAUUCUUCAAAAGAAGCGUCAGACGUAAACUGAUAUACAGAUGUCAGGCUGGAACAGGAAGAUGCGUCGUGGACAAGGCGCACAGGAAUCAAUGCCAAGCGUGUCGUUUGAAAAAAUGUAUGCAGAUGGGAAUGAACAAAGACGCCGUACAGAAUGAAAGACAGCCUAGAAACACGGCAACCAUCAGACCGGAAGCACUCGUUGAAAUGGACCAAGAACGAGCAUUACGUGAAGCAGCAGUUGCCGUUGGUGUAUUCGGGCCACCGGUGUCUUUAGCAAUGGCAAGAUACACGGCACCCUUACCGUUACCCUCGAUCGCACCCACGACGAAUUCAACUACCACGGCUACUCCUCCCAGACAAGAAACCGAAGAUGGUAACGCGUCAGAGGACAGUAUAGACGUGACGAACGAGGAACCAUUGACACCACAGAGAAGUGGUUGCACUCAACUUCCACCAGUCAUACCAUCCCUUUAUUCACCUGCCAGUGCCGAGACUGUCUACGAGACGAGUGCGAGAUUACUCUUCAUGGCUGUUAAAUGGGCGAAGAAUCUUCCUUCAUUCGCUAGUUUACCCUUCAGAGAUCAGGUGAUUCUAUUGGAGGAGGCCUGGUCAGAGCUGUUUCUACUAAAUGCAGUACAGUGGUGUCUACCUCUCGAAUCAUCACCACUCUUCAGUGCACCAGAAUUGACAGCGUUAACACUUUCACCCCAUCAGCAUCCACAUUCGGGUCUUCAUCUGCAAAACAGCACCGGUAAACCUAGCCAAGUUGCUGCCGAUGUCAGACACCUUCAUGAUACUUUGCAAAGGUACAAGGCUGUUAUGGUAGAUCCUGCGGAAUUUGCUUGCAUGAAGGCCAUCGUACUUUUUCGACCAGAAACACGCGGAUUGAAGGAUUCUAGUCAAAUUGAAAAUCUUCAAGACCAAGCACAGGUGAUGUUAGGACAACACGCGAGAGCCCAACAACCAGGUAGUCCGGCACGUUUUGGGAGGUUGUUGUUGCUUCUACCGUUACUCAGAGCCGUACCUGCAGCAAGAGUAGAAUUAAUAUAUUUUCACAGAACCAUUGGUAAUACGCCGAUGGAGAAAGUGCUUUGCGAUAUGUACAAGAACUAAGAGAACCCAUAUACAUCGAACGUUUAAAACGUUAGAUAAAUCAAAACUAUCCAACACAACUAUAAUUAUGGAAACAAAAGUAAGAAAGGAAGAAGGAAAUGGCCUAAAAGAAAAGGGGAUAAGAAUUCGAUGAGAAUUCUUAAUAAGAAAGAAAUGAUGGGCAGGCAACACGUUGCUUGUAUUGAAAUUACGAAAGAGAAACGGCAUCUAAAAAGAAGAAAAAAAAUGUGUGAAUGUGAAACAUACAAUAAGAAGAAAUCUAGAAGAAGAAGUGUUAUUGUGAUUGUCACAAUAUGAGUGUAUAAAAAUACGUGUAUUUAUUUAUUAUAGAAAAUGUUUAUCGAAUCAUAGGUUCGAUUUGUCGAAUGGGAUUAUCAUUUACGAAGAGAUCAUUCACGCAUCAUACACCUCAUACAGGCAGACACCCAUAAAACAUAUACGCACAUUAAUAUCACGUAUAUUGUUGUCUCCUACGGUAAGGAUAAAAAAAAAGUAUGAAAGAAGACACAGUGAGAUCUGAACUUUUGUCUUCUCGUUUUAUGUUCAUAAGUAUUUUUAUUCUAAUUAUUUUCUUCAAUUUAUCUUUUUUUUUUUUCAUCUAAAUUAAAUCUUUGUUUUUUUAUUCGUCUAACAAAAGACACGAAAGGAAAAAAAAACCGAGGGAAGAUUCACGAGGCUUCCAACAGAAGCACGACUCACAUAUUACACGUAAAGUACUUUAAACAUACCUCGCUACGAAUGUCCAAAAAAAAAA